CUCUCAGACAAAUCUCUAUCUCUCUCUCUCUCUAUAGCUGGAGUGAACUGUUGAGCCCUUUGGUUUCAUCGAGAGACCCCUAAAACCCGAUCUGCAACAAGAAUGGCGUCUUCUCCGUUCUCCCUCACCUCUCCGGCUGCUUCCGUCUAUGGAGCCACCCAAACCUCGUCGCAGUUACCUCUCCCAACCACUCGCUCUCGUCUCCCUCGCAGAGUUUCCUUCCGUCUCUCCGCCAAGCCUAAGCUUCGCUUUCUCUCCAAGCCUAGUCGCAGUAGCUACCCUAUGGUGAAAGCCCAAUCUAACCAGGUUGGUGGAGGUGCAUCAUCAAAUGUUUCAGCUCCUGCAAAACUUGAUGAGCCAUCAGCUAAAGAAAAGAAUGCUUCUUCUUCUUCUUCUUCAGCUGAUUUAGCUACAGAGGAGUCUAUCUCUGAGUUCUUGACCCAAGUAACAACUCUUGUCAAGCUUGUGGAUUCUAGAGACAUUGUUGAGUUGCAGUUGAAACAACUCGACUGCGAGCUUGUCAUUCGGAAAAAGGAAGCUUUACCUCAGCCGCCUCAAUCCCCUGCGCCUUAUGUUAUGAUGCAGCAACCAAACCAACCAUCUUAUGUGCAAUCAGCCCCUCCUCCUCCUGCACCUGCUGCUGCCUCACCUGCGCCUUCUUCUACCCCAGCCUCCUCGCCUCCACCAUCCCCACCUAGUCCUGCGAAAUCGUCGCUUCCAACUGUUAAAAGUCCCAUGGCAGGCACUUUUUACCGUAGUCCAGGACCUGGUGAACCACCCUUUAUCAAGGUUGGAGACAAAGUGCAGAAGGGACAAGUUCUAUGCAUCGUUGAAGCCAUGAAGUUAAUGAAUGAAAUAGAGUCUGAUCAAACGGGAACGGUAGUCGAUAUCGUUGCAGAAGAUGGCAAGCCUGUUAGCCUUGACACUCCUCUGUUUGUGGUUCAACCGUAGAAUCGACACCACGAGAGAUGGAAAAAUGAGGCUACUUUAAUUCAAUCUCUGUGCUGUUUCUUGAGUCUCUAAGAAUGUGUCUUCUUCAUUGUUACUGUCAAACUCUGUUAGGUUUUUUUGGUUUGGUGAGGAAGAAAGAGUUUUUAAGUUUCUAUUGGUUAAACCAAAAAAAAAAGACGAGGCUCUGUUUUAUUUAUUUUCUUAUUACAUACAUACACACGCAUUCUUGGUUCUGUUUUAUGGACAUUGCAAUUUCUCUA